UAUUUUUCUUCACCCUAAAAGGCCUUCAGCUUGCACGUUGGUGUUAUCUUAAAGCAUUAUGUCUGGACGCGGAAAGCAGGGCGGCAAGGCUCGCGCGAAGGCCAAGACUCGAUCUUCCCGGGCCGGCUUGCAGUUCCCGGUGGGCAGAGUGCACCGCCUACUUCGCAAGGGGAACUACUCUGAGCGGGUCGGGGCCGGCGCUCCAGUGUACCUGGCCGCGGUGUUGGAGUAUUUGACCGCUGAGAUCUUGGAGCUGGCGGGCAACGCAGCCCGCGACAACAAGAAGACGCGUAUCAUCCCGCGCCACUUGCAGCUGGCCAUCCGCAACGACGAAGAGCUCAACAAACUGUUGGGCAAAGUCACCAUCGCGCAGGGCGGCGUCCUGCCCAACAUCCAGGCCGUGCUGCUGCCCAAGAAGACAGAGAGCCACCACAAGGCCAAGGGCAAGUGAAGCCCACGAAUAAACAGAAGUAAUACAUACACUUGUUCUCAAUUACACACAAAAGGCUCUUUUCAGAGCCAUCUACAUUUUCAAAAGAGAAGCUGAUAACUCGAUGAAC